CCGCCUUCUCCCCAAACAUCCUCCUCCUCCUCCUCCAGCCAUAGAGGAAACUUCCGAGCGGACUUCGUAGCUUCCAACUGCAGGAUUUGUGUGUUAAAAGCCGCCGAUGCGGUGAGGCAGAGCAGCAUGCGGACCUCCAGUCGUUAGCGGGGAGAUGAGCGCCAGUUCAUAGUCAGCGGCGCCCUGUUGCAGUGUUAAUACUCAUGUACAUUUGUGUGUCGCAGGGACACCAUUAGAGCUCUUGCGUUCUUCCUGCUUGUUCAAGUGUGCCUGUUGGUUUAGUCAUGGCUCGCGGCUGCAUCUGCUGCGUGAAGUACAUGCUCUUCCUCUUCAACCUCCUCUUCUGGCUGGGAGGCUGUGGACUGCUGGGUGUCGGCGUGUGGCUGUCGGUUUCUCAGGGCAGCUUCGCCACCCUGUCUCCCUCCUUCCCCUCGCUCUCUGCCGCCAAUCUCAUCAUCACCCUCGGCACUGUGGUCAUGGUGACGGGGUUCCUGGGCUGCUUGGGUGCCAUCAAGGAGAAUAAGUGCCUCCUGCUGAGUUUCUUCAUCGUUCUGCUGAUCAUCCUGUUGGCCGAACUUAUCCUCCUCAUCCUGUUCUUCGUCUACACCGACAAGGUGAGUGAAAAUGCCAGACGGGACCUGAAAGAAGGGCUGGUGCUGUACAACACGGACAACAACGCAGGCCUGAGGGAUGCAUGGAGCACCAUACAGGGAGAGUGGAAGUGUUGUGGUGUGAUGAACCACCGCGACUGGUACUCCGCGCUACAUGAAAACGUGGUUCCUGACCGCUGCUGCCAGCAGGUUUACCCGGACUGUGGACGCAACGCCUCCAAUGCCUUCUGGACACGGGGCUGCUAUGAGAAGGUCGAGGAGUGGCUGGAUCACAACAAACACCUUCUGGGGACCAUCGCUAUGUGUGUGUUGGUCAUACAGCUGCUCGGUAUGGCUUUCUCCAUGACACUUUACCAACAGAUCCACCGGGCAGGGAAGAAGUAUGAAGCCUGAGGGGAUUAACGGAGGUGUUUCAUAAUCUAAGCUUUGAGCACAUAAAAUAUAUUAUCUUUAUAGUUAAAAAAAACAGUUACUAUGUGUGCCACUACAGCCUUUGAUCUUUUUUUCAUCUCUGCACCCAGUUAUUGUUGUGAAUAGCAUUUAAAUAGCUUUUUUUAAAUAGUUAGCCUUUUUUAAUCACAAUAUAAUGUGUUUUUUUCAUGUAAAAUAACACAAGGACAAUCAGAACAGAGAGAAAAGACUGAGAAUGAUUUAUCAGGUUAAAAGCC